AUGGUCAGGAGCACUUAAUGCCUGCAGGCUCUCUUCGUAAAAAGAAACUGGCAAAAAGACCUGGGUAUAUGAGGCCAGAAGCUCAGCGACAGAUAGAGUUUCAGUCCCUGGGUGCCUGCAAACCGUUCAGCCCAGAAGAGCUCAAACAUGACAGGGAACAUUGUGGAAACUUUGAGAAGUGCUCUUUAUGCAGACGGUGCCAAAAUAACUUUGAAUUUGUACGCUAUAGUGCAGCGAGUAGUGCUGUAGUUCCUGCGAAUGGGGUAACAACAUUGACCACCGCUGGAAAUAUGCCGGGACACUGCAAAAGUCUUCCAUGUUGCAAGAGUCCACAGUCAGAAAACACAGUGAUAGAGGUUUACAAUGUUGCAGCAACAAGCAAGGGAGAUGUUUCUACUGUAUGCUGUACACAGCAGAAAAAUCAUGGCGCCAAAGUAAGCAAGCCCCCAAACAUGUAUGCUUUGGAUCGGUCAGAAGUGAAUAACAACUGUGAAUAUCAAAACAAAGAUGAUAUUUUUCGUUCUGUUGGUGCACACGAUAGCUUUCGUUCAAGUUUCAGCUUCAUACAGCUCUCCCUGAACUCGGCCUCUGGAGUAAGCGAUGCUGAAGGCAAGUCAGCCAUUGAGGAGGCUGAAUAUGUUCUGCAUCCCAGCAUGACAGGAAAUCUGCAGAGGUCAGAAGAGAUGGUACAAACUUGUGAGCACCUGGGAGCCUUGCCUUGCUUCUCCAGGCCCAGUGAGGAUUUGGAGUAUGAAAGUGAGACCGCAGCAAAUGAUAAACUACAGGACUGUGAGACUGUCUCUCUCUCGGAUACAGAUGCAACGUUUUCAUAUUCUACAGAUUCCUCGGACGCAGCAUCUGCUGGCUCUUCUGUCACCUCAGGCUAUGAAAGUAGCUUUACUGUUAGUGACCAUAACUGGGAUACUUUGAUGAAAAGGUAUGAACCAGUGCUACAGGACUGCCUGCUUGGAAACCGCAGUACAUUAAAGAUAAAAUCCUUGAUCUCACGGCUUCAGAGGCUUCAGGAAAAAGCAAUAGAGGAGGAUGACUAUGAUAGAGCCGAUAAAUUUAGACGGAAACUGGAAGAACUGGAGAAAGAGAAAAAUUCUUUAAAAUUUCAGCUUCCUUCAAGGCAUCCUUCAGUGAGCAGUUUUUUGGAUAG